AUGGUUGCAGACGUCCGACUUGAGAGGAUGGGCCGUCCUGUAUUUCAAACUCCACUCAUCUUGACCUGGGUCUCGGCUGUAAUAUCUGACAAUGUUUCGCAAAAGAAGAAGAAGAGGCCUGAGAUUUCAGCACCGAAGAACUUUGAGCAUCGAGUUCAUACGUCGUUUGAUGCAAAGCGAGGAGUUUUCGUCGGCCUUCCAACACAAUGGCAGAGUUUAAUAGAAAACCUGCGGAGACCCAAACCCAUGGUGGAUCCUUCCAGAAUAACACCAGUGGAGCUCAAACCAAAGAAGACCAUUGUGCGGGGCAGUAUGAUUGGCCACGGGGACUACAUCUCAGCCAUGCUGUCCGACAUGAGCCGUCUGUCCGUCACCAGCUCCAACUCCCUGCGCAAGAGCAGCCCAUCGGCCCGCAAGAGAGCGCAGUCUUUGGGCCGGCUAGGGGAGCUGAACGAGGCCGAUGCAUUAGGCGAUGGGUACCAGUAUGAGACUCUGGAUGAUCCUGAGCCACACUGGUCUGAGCGGGCACGAAACAUCCACAGCGCCAGCGGGACACCGUACAUGGGGCUGAAAAAAAGCGUGACUCUACAACCCAACGGCAUCUUACCGAGGGCUAAAUCCACCUAUGAGGUUAGCAUGAGCUGUCUGGAUGGCCCACUGCCGCCUCAUCCAGCGCUUCCGGCCCCUCCGCCACCCCCAUUCCCCGUCCCGGAACCACCACGGCCCCUAUAUCUAGCCGGAGAUAUUGGCAGCCCGACGGAGAGGCUGAUGAUGAGGAGAGAGUUUCCUAUUAUAUUCACACACAACCCCAGACCCAUCACCUGUUUCUACAGUCCCACACAGAUGCCUAUGCAGCAGCUGCACGGAGACAGUCUGACGCCCGACAUGAGGAGCGCCAACAGACUGCUUGUUCAUCCGCAGAACAGCCCCGGAAGACCCUUCUCAUCAUACGAUCUCAAGUCAGACUCCGGCAUGCGCCCGCCGGGGGGUUUCCUUCACAGCGGCACCAGCAGUCCUCUGGUCAGUGGUGGGCGGCAUCAAGCCUCUGUCAGGUCGUCCUGCAGCUACACCCUCGGUCUCUCGCCAAACAUCAGCUAUCGGCCGCCAGCUCCAGACCCCUUCAUGCGGCACUCGGGCCUCUACCCCCGGCAGGACAGCCCGUCGCAGCCGCGCCCGUCGCCCACCGGCUCGCUGGCACACAGUCCCCCGGGCACCUGCUCUCCCGCAUUCAGAGCCCCGCAGCAGCCCUCGCCACGCCCACCGCCCGACCCCCCCAAAGUCACACACGAGCAGUUCAAGGCGGCGCUGCAGAUGGUGGUGGAUAAAGGAGACCCGCGCUCUUACCUGGAGAACUUCGUGAAGAUCGGGGAGGGUUCGACGGGAGUGGUGUGCAUCGCUCGAGAGAAACACAGCGGACGUGUGGUGGCCGUCAAGAUGAUGGACCUGAGGAGACAGCAGAGGAGAGAACUGCUCUUCAAUGAGGUUGUGAUUAUGAGGGAUUACCAGCACAGAAAUGUGGUGGAGAUGUUCAAGAGCGCUUUGGUGGAGGAGGAACUCUGGGUGAUCAUGGAGUAUCUGCAGGGUGGAGCUCUGACCAACAUCGUGUCUGAAACCAGGCUGAGUGAGGAGCAGAUAGCGACGGUGUGUGAGGCUGUUCUGCAGGCUCUGGCGUAUCUGCACUCACAGGGAGUCAUUCAUAGAGACAUCAAGAGCGACUCCAUUCUGCUGUCACUGGACGGACGUAUCAAGCUGUCAGACUUUGGCUUCUGCGCUCAGAUCAGUAAAGACAUCCCGAAGAGAAAGUCUCUGGUGGGAACACCAUACUGGAUGGCUCCUGAAGUCAUCUCCAAAUCUCCAUACGGAACUGAGGUGGAUGUUUGGUCUCUGGGCAUCAUGGUGGUGGAGAUGGUGGAUGGAGAACCGCCAUACUUCAGUGAAACUCCUGUGGCGGCGAUGAAGAGACUGAGAGACGAACGUGCACCGACUGUGCGAAACGUCCAUCAGGUGUCUCCAAUGCUGAAGGACUUUCUGGACCGUAUGCUGACGCGUGAUCCUCUGGAGCGAGCGAGUGCCACAGAUCUGCUGGAGCAUCCGUUCCUCCUGCAGGCCAGUUCUCCACAGUGCCUGGUGCCCCUGGUGGAGCAGUAUCGCAAGCGCAUGUCCCGCUGCUGAGACGGAAACCAGAACCACGGUCUGGACGAUCUGCUGUCCCGCUGCAGAGCUGCUGACGGUCCCGGAGACGCAGGACAGAUGGAUAUGAUGAGCAGACGACAGAGAUACACCAUUCUCUGCUGCACGACCACAUUUAC